UAGCCCUAAAGAAUACAUCCCUGAUUACGAGCGUCGAUCUCUGACACGACCACGACUCAUGUCACAUAAUUUAUGAAUAGAGACAGGCGGUUGAGUGGGACCCGGUCCCCACACAGCAGCGGCAGUGCUCCUGCAGGCUGCAGCCAAGACGCACCACAAACUGAGUCCCACGACCCCACGUUCUCUUGCAAUGUGCUAUUUACGCUGCUUGUUGGGCGAGAUAUUCAUUGUUGGACCUUUCUAGUGCCCAGCAUGGUGGAGACCAGAGAGGAGUCAGGCUUGUCCACUCUGCAUCCACUCAGCCCUCCACCCCACGCCUCACAGCUCAACAUGGACGGAGAGCCUGAUGAAACAAAGCAGCAGCAGCAGCAGCCACAAAUCAACACAAACACAGCAGCAGCAGCGGACAAGAGGUGAUGAGAGCCUGAACAGUGCACCCAUGACAGCAGAGGGUGAGGACAGCAGGACAGGGGCAGCAGCAGCAACAGCAGAAACAAAACCAGCACAGCAAGAGACCACAGGAGGCACAAUAGCAGCGGCAGCAG